ACCACCCCGCGCCCGGCCCCGGCUCCAUCCCAGGAGCAGGUGGAGUACGUAUUUCUGGUGAUUUUCACUAUGGAGACCGUGCUCAAGAUCGUGGCCUAUGGGCUGGUGCUCCACCCCAGCGCUUACAUCCGCAAUGGCUGGAACCUACUCGAUUUCAUCAUCGUCGUGGUCGGGCUGUUCAGCGUGCUGUUGGAGCAGGGACCUGGGCGGCCAGGCGACGCUCCGCAUACUGGGGGAAAGCCGGGGGGCUUCGAUGUGAAGGCGUUGCGGGCGUUCCGGGUGCUGCGGCCACUGAGGCUGGUGUCUGGAGUCCCGAGCCUGCACAUCGUGCUCAAUUCCAUCUUGAAGGCGCUGGUGCCGCUGCUGCACAUCGCCCUGCUCGUGCUCUUCGUCAUUAUCAUUUAUGCCAUCAUUGGACUGGAGCUGUUCCUCGGACGCAUGCACAAGACAUGCUACUUCCUGGGAUCUGAUGUGGAGGUGGAGGAAGAUCCGUCUCCCUGUGCAUCUUCCGGCUCUGGGCGAGCCUGCACACUGAACCAGACUGAGUGCCGUGGCCGCUGGCCAGGACCUAACGGUGGCAUCACCAACUUCGAUAACUUCUUCUUUGCCAUGCUGACAGUCUUCCAAUGCAUCACCAUGGAAGGCUGGACUGACGUCCUGUACUGGAUGCAGGAUGCCAUGGGGUAUGAGCUGCCCUGGGUAUAUUUUGUGAGCCUGGUCAUCUUUGGGUCCUUCUUCGUCCUCAACCUUGUGCUUGGUGUCCUAAGUGGAGAGUUCUCCAAGGAGAGAGAGAAGGCAAAAGCAAGAGGUGACUUCCAGAAGCUUCGGGAGAAGCAGCAGAUGGAGGAGGACCUGCAAGGCUACCUGGAUUGGAUUACACAAGCUGAGGAGCUAGACCUUGAGGACCCCUCAGCAGAUGGCAACUUGGGUUCUAUGGCUGAAGAGGGCCAAGCUGGCCAUCGACCACAGCUGGCCGAACUGACCAAUAGGAGGCGUGGACACCUGCGCUGGUUCAGUCACUCCACUAGCUCCACACACUCCACCAGCAGCCAUGCCAGCCUUCCAGCCAGUGACACUGGCUCCAUGACAGAGACCCCAGGCGAUGAGGACAAAGAGGAGGGGGCUCUGGCUAGCUGUACACGCUGCCUAAACAAGAUCAUGAAAACUCGGGUCUGUCGCCGCCUCCGAAGGGCCAACCGGGGCCUCCGGGCACGCUGCAGGCGGGCUGUAAAGUCCAAUGCCUGCUACUGGGCUGUGCUGCUGCUUGUCUUCCUCAACACACUGACCAUCGCUUCAGAGCACCAUGGGCAGCCCGUGUGGCUCACCCAAACUCAGGAGUGCGCCAACAAAGUGCUGCUCUGUCUGUUCACGGCUGAGAUGCUUCUCAAGCUGUAUGGUCUGGGUCCUUCUGUCUACGUCGCCUCCUUCUUCAACCGCUUUGACUGUUUCGUGGUCUGUGGGGGCAUCCUGGAGACCACCUUGGUGGAGGUGGGUGCCAUGCAGCCCCUUGGCAUCUCAGUGCUGCGGUGUGUGCGUCUCCUCAGGAUCUUUAAGGUCACCAGGCACUGGGCAUCUCUGAGGAACCUGGUGGCAUCCCUGCUCAAUUCCAUGAAAUCCAUUGCUUCCUUGCUGCUUCUACUCUUCCUCUUUAUCAUCAUUUUCUCCCUGCUUGGCAUGCAGCUGUUUGGGGGCAAGUUCAACUUUGACCAGACCCACACCAAGCGAAGCACCUUUGACACCUUCCCCCAGGCCCUCCUGACUGUCUUCCAGAUCCUGACGGGCGAGGACUGGAACGUGGUCAUGUAUGAUGGCAUCAUGGCCUAUGGUGGCCCCUUCUUCCCAGGGAUGCUUGUGUGCAUCUAUUUCAUCAUCCUCUUCAUCUGUGGCAACUACAUCCUGUUGAACGUGUUCCUUGCCAUCGCUGUAGAUAACCUGGCCAGCGGGGAUGCAGGCACUGCCAAAGACAAGGGCAGGGAGAAGAGCAGUGAGGGAAAUGCCCCCCAGGAGAAUGGAGUGCUGGUGCUUGUCGGAAAGAAUGAGGAAGAGAAGGCUGCAAAGAGUGAAGGAGCAAGCAAGUUGGCCGGGCCAGUGCCAGGCGUGGAGGAGGAGGAAGAGGAAGAAGAGGAGGAAGGGAGUGUGGGGCAUGUGGAACUCCUGCAGGAAGUUGUACCCAAAGAGAAGGUGGUUCCCAUCCCUGAGGGCAGCGCUUUCUUCUGUCUCAGUCAAACAAACCCGCUGAGGAAGGCCUGCCACACCCUCAUCCACCACCAUGUCUUCACCAAUCUCAUCCUGGUGUUCAUCAUCCUCAGCAGCGUGUCACUGGCCGCUGAGGACCCCAUCCGAGCCCACUCCUUCCGCAAUCAUAUUCUGGGGUACUUUGACUAUGCCUUCACAUCCAUUUUUACUGUGGAGAUUCUACUAAAGAUGACAGUGUUUGGGGCCCUCCUGCACCGUGGCUCCUUCUGCCGUAGCUGGUUCAAUCUGUUGGAUCUGCUGGUAGUCAGUGUAUCCCUCAUCUCUUUUGGCAUCCACUCCAGUGCCAUCUCAGUGGUGAAGAUCCUUCGAGUACUCCGGGUACUGCGGCCCCUCCGAGCCAUCAAUAGAGCCAAGGGACUGAAGCACGUGGUACAGUGUGUGUUCGUGGCCAUCCGGACAAUCGGGAACAUCAUGAUUGUCACCACACUCCUGCAGUUCAUGUUCGCUUGCAUCGGUGUGCAGCUCUUCAAGGGCAAAUUCUAUGGUUGUACUGAUGAGGCCAAACAGACGCCCAAAGAAUGCAAGGGCUCCUUCCUGAUCUAUCCCGAUGGAGAUGUGUCACGGCCCCUGGUCCAAGAGCGGCUCUGGGUCAACAACGAUUUCAACUUUGACAAUGUCCUUUCAGCCAUGAUGGCUCUGUUCACUGUUUCCACCUUUGAAGGCUGGCCUGCGCUGCUAUAUAAGGCCAUCGAUGCACAUGCAGAAGACGAAGGCCCCAUCUAUAAUUACCAUGUGGAGAUCUCCGUGUUCUUCAUUGUCUACAUCAUCAUCAUUGCAUUCUUCAUGAUGAACAUCUUCGUGGGCUUUGUCAUCAUCACCUUCCGUGCCCAGGGUGAACAGGAGUACCAAAACUGUGAGCUGGACAAGAACCAGCGCCAGUGUAUGGAGUAUGCCCUCAAGGCCCAGCCACUCCGACGAUACAUCCCCAAGAACCCACAGCAGUAUCGUGUGUGGGCCACUGUGAACUCUGCUGCAUUCGAGUAUCUCAUGUCCCUGCUCAUCCUGCUCAACACAGUUGCCCUAGCCAUGCAGCACUAUGAGCAAACUGCUCCCUUCAACUAUGCCAUGGACAUCCUCAACAUGAUCUUCACUGGCCUCUUCACUAUUGAGAUGGUGCUCAAAAUCAUCGCCUUCAAACUCAAGAGCUCUGAGGACAGCUCCCGCAUAUCUAUCACUUUCUUUCGCCUCUUCCGAGUCAUGCGGCUGGUCAAACUUCUCAGUAAGGGUGAAGGGAUCCGUACACUGCUCUGGACAUUCAUCAAAUCCUUCCAGGCCUUGCCCUAUGUGGCUCUUCUCAUAGCAAUGAUAUUCUUCAUCUAUGCUGUCAUUGGCAUGCAGAUGUUUGGCAAGGUGGCUCUUCAGGAUGGCACACAGAUCAACCGAAACAACAACUUCCAGACCUUUCCACAGGCUGUGCUACUUCUUUUCAGGUGUGCCACUGGUGAGGCAUGGCAGGAGAUAAUGCUUGCCAGCCUUCCUGGAAAUCGGUGUGACCCAGAGUCUGACUUCGCCCCCGGCGAGGAGUUUACCUGCGGGAGCAAUUUUGCCAUUGUCUAUUUUAUCAGCUUCUUCAUGCUCUGUGCCUUCCUGAUCAUAAAUCUCUUUGUGGCGGUGAUCAUGGACAAUUUUGAUUAUCUAACCAGAGAUUGGUCCAUUCUGGGCCCACAUCACCUUGAUGAAUUCAAGAGGAUCUGGUCUGAAUAUGACCCUGGGGCCAAGGGCCGUAUCAAGCACCUGGAUGUGGUUGCCCUGCUGAGAUGCAUCCAGCCCCCCCUGGGAUUUGGGAAGCUAUGCCCACACCGAGUGGCCUGCAAGAGACUUGUGGCAAUGAACGUGCCCCUCAACUCAGAUGGGACAGUGACAUUCAAUGCCACGCUCUUUGCCCUGGUUCGGACAUCCCUGAAGAUCAAGACAGAAGGAAACCUGGAGCAAGCCAACCAGGAGCUGCGGAUGGUCAUCAAAAAGAUCUGGAAGCAGAUAAAGCAGAAGCUAUUGGAUGAGGUCAUCCCUCUUCCAGAAGAGGAAGAGGUUACUGUGGGCAAAUUCUACGCUACAUUCUUGAUCCAAGAUUAUUUCCGCAAAUUCCGGAGGAGAAAAGAAAAGGGGCUACUGGGAGCUGAGGCCCCCUCAAGCAUGUCUUCUGUCCUUCAGGCGGGCCUGAGGAGCCUACAGGACUUGGGUCCUGAGAUGCGGCAGGCCCUCACCUGUGACACGGAGGAAGAAGAGGAGGAAAAGGAGGAAGAAAGGCAAGAGGGAGUGGAGGAGGAAGCUGAGAAGGACCCAGAAACAUACAAAGGCCCUGUGGGUUCCCAGCCCUCAUCUCACUCCAGGAUUUCUGUGUCUCUGCCUGUUGGGGACAGCCUCCCAGAUUUGCCCUCCCCUAGGCCCAGUGAUGAAGAUAGAGGGGAUCCCAAAUCCAGACACCCCAGUGUGCCCCAGCCUGGAUCCCAUAGCCACAGGAGAAGCUCUGGGGUUCUCAUGUUCACCAUCCCAGAGGAAGGAAGUCCUGAGCCCAAGGGAACUAAAGGUCAUGACAAACAAGAUGAGGAAGGAGAAAUCCCUGACCGGCUCUACUACCUGGAUGAGCAGGCAGGGACUCCCCCACGGACUCCCCCACACUCAGUCCUUUUGCCACCUCACCGACCCCAGAGAUAUGGCAAUGGGCACCACAUGCCACGGCGACGUCUGCUGCCCCCUACACCUGCAGGUCAGAAGCCCUCCUUCCCUAUCCAGUGUCUGCAACGCCAGGGCAGUUGUGAAGAUUUACCCAUCCCAGGCACCUAUCAUCGCGGACAAAAAUUGGGGCUGAGCAGGGCUCAGGGUUCCUGGGCAACCCCUCCUCAGAGAGGUCGGCUCGUGUAUGCACCACUGCUGGUGGUGGAGGAGGGUGCGGCUGGAGAGGACUACCUGGGUAAAUCUGGAGGUCCUCUGCGCACUUUCACCUGCCUGCAUGUGCCUAGAACCCACUCCAACCCCAGCUACAGCAAGAGGAGCAGUGCUGACAGCUUGGUGGAGGCUGUGCUCAUCUCUGAGGGCCUUGGCCUCUUUGCUCAAGAUCCUUGCUUUGUGGCCCUGGCCAAGCAGGAGAUUGCAGAUGCGUGUCGCCUGACACUGGAUGAGAUGGACAGUGCCGCCAGUGACCUUCUGGCACAGGGGACCUGCUCACUCUAUAGUGAUGAGGAGUCUAUCCUUUCCUGCUUCGAUGAUGACGAUCUGGGAGAUGAAAUGGCCUGUGUCCAUGCCCUCUGAAUUUCCACCCCUCCCCUACUGCUCAAUAAAUCUCCUGCCCUUCCCUCCCAGAGGGAGACAGGCAUGGA